UCUGUAUUCAAGCAGAAUACAGACUAAAUGUUUUAUCAGAAGUAUAGCGUUAAAGAAGAUGGAGACUUUCAAGACAGUCAAGAAAAAACGGGUGCGGUUUACAACAUCCUCUCCACAGACAUGUUCUCUUCAGAGGUUUCCUUCAGUGGCAUCUGGAGAAAGAGACGCACACGUAGCUUCUAGUAACACUUCUGAAUGUGCUCCAGAAGUUCUCACAGUUGAGGUACAGCACAUCCUCAUGAGAAGAGGUCCUGCUGUACCUCCUACCAUAAUUACAGGUCCUAAUGACACGUCUGGAAUUGAUCCAGAAGUUCUUGCGGCUGACGGAGAUCACCUCACCAGGGGCAGAGGUCCUACUUCGCCCACGGUUCCCACAAAUUCACGUCCUUCGAAGAAAACGCCACAACAUUUGGCCUCGACGUUUCAUUGCAGAACUGAUACACCUUUUAUAUACCCGAAUGAUUACACUGAAUACCAGGCUGCAUUCAUUGCUAAGGAAAAUCGGACCUUUCUGUUGCCACCCAAGACAGGCCAGGCUCCACAGACACCCCCUCAUCAGGAUGUUAAAAACAAAGAGCUAGAGCCCAGUGUAGUGCUGCAGAGGAAGACUUUUGGAAAUGCUCAGGAUCACAACAAGCGCCACGCUCCUGCUCGGCCCAUUGGCUCCCGAAAAAAACGUGUGUUGCAGCCGGUCCAGCAGGAGACUGUGCAGUGUAUAUUAACUCAUAGAGGUUGUGUAGACGCAUCAGGCAGGACUGAAUGCGUAACAAAUUAUAAGGAAAACUUUUGUUUUUCACAAAAUGCCUGCUCCUCGACUUCUCAGAGAAAAUCUGCACCCCGGCCGCCCUCAAACUUUAGGAAGCUUAGACCUGCCACUCAACGCACUGAAUACCAGGCUGCAUUCGGUCCUAAGGUCCUCUCUGCUAAGUUUGACUUCCGUCUGUUCUUACAGCUCCAUGGAAACGGGUUAAAGUAGGUCGCCGGGGUCCAAAUGUAAAAUUACGGAUAGUCUUCACAAAGAAUGACAAGUAUUUUUCCAUUUGGUUCCCCAUACUUCAAAGACAUUUAAUAUGAGGACAACUGAUCUUGGAUCAGCUUGAUUCCUGACGAGCCCAAGAGAAAAAACUCACCAUGACCCUGAGAAGAGGAGGGGUGGUGUACUCUCUCUCCUUCAUCAAACACACCGACAAUAACCAGCCAUG